CAUUAGUACUCAGAGCCCACAGGUACUCACAGCCCACAGGUACUCACAGCCGUCAGUACUCACAGCCAUCAGUACUCGCAGCCCACAGGUACUCACAGCCAUCAGUACUCACAGCCCACAGGUACUCGCAGCCAUCAGUACUCACAGCCAUCAGUACUCACAGCCAGCGGCCAGAGGAGGAAGCGCAUCCGCGCAUCGACCCUGAACAGAUAAGCAUCUGAUAAAAAAAGAUCCUAGGAAGAGAAUUAUCUGUAUCGAGGGCAACAUUGCCAGUGGAAAAACAACAUGCCUGGAUUAUUUUGCACAGACUACCAGCAUUGAGGUUUUGAAGGAACCCUUGAACAAGUGGAGGAAUGUUCGAGGUCAUAAUAUCCUGGGCUUAAUGUACCAGGAUGCAUCAAGGUGGGGGAUAACUCUGCAGACCUAUGUCCAGCUGACCAUGCUGGAGCAGCACACCAGGCCCAUGAUUUCCCCCAUAAGGAUGAUGGAGAGGUCGAUUCACAGUGCAAAACACAUUUUUGUGGAAAACCUCUAUCGAAGUGGGAAAAUGCCAGAGGUGGAUUAUGCUGUCCUGAGUGAAUGGUUUGACUGGAUCCAGAACAACACUGAUGUUUCAGUUGAUCUCAUAGUUUAUUUGCAGACAUCUCCUGAAGUUUGCUAUGAGAGGCUAAAGACAAGAUGCAGGGAAGAGGAAAAAGUCAUUCCUCUGGAAUAUUUAGAAGCUAUUCAUGAGCUCUAUGAAGAGUGGCUCAUUAAACGUGCACUGUUUGAAGUUUCCUGCCCAGUACUUGUGAUUGGAGCUGACCAUGACAUGCAGAAAAUGAUAGAGAAGUAUGAGGAGAACCGGGACCAAAUACUGAACCCAGCUAACAGACAGCACUGUUUAUAGAAGCCUGUGACUGUUGUAUCAGAAAUCAUCUACUCAAGUCUGAGUUGGUAUUUUUAAUAUUUAAAUAUGAUGGAUAUUGAUUUUGCACUAUGCUUUGUAGAACGCUGUGGACUUACAUCUCUGAAAUGAUCAGGUACCAAUCAGGAACAGAAUGUGAAUCAGUUCCCUUUGUGUUUUUAGGUUUUCCAUCAGCUUUACUGUAUCAGUUCUGUUCAGCUAAAAUAUGGCUGUUUUCCUCAUUUCCCACUUCACUGCUGCUUCCUAGAAGUAACUUUAUUCCCCCCCGCAAAGACAACCCUGUUGUUGUAAUUUGAAAUAAACAAUUUAUUAUAGUGUCCCUCUGAGGGAGGGCACCUGAGGUUUCUCUUAAUGCCCCCCUUGGGGUGAAUUGGGCUGAAACAACACCAAAGGGCCAGGGUGUGUAUGAGGGAGGUACAGAGCUGUCAGCUGGCCCUGGGGCCCAGCAAAUCAUCCUGAGUGUGAGCACAGGGCAUGGAUGGGAUCACCAACCACGGGAUCACCAUGGGAUAACCAACCAUGAGAUCACCACGGGCUCACCCCAGGAUCACCAACCAUGGGAUCACUCCAGGAUCACCAACCAUGGGAUAACCACAGCAUAACCAACUAUGGGAUCAGCCCCAGCCAGUCUGGGUUUAGGAGGGGCAGGUUCUGCCUGGCCCACCUCAUCUUCCCCCUGGUGGGUGAGUGAAAGGCUGGAUGUGUCUCCCUGGAGCUCAGCAGAGCCUUUGAGCCCCUCUCCCUUGGCAUCUCCUGGAGAAGCUGCAGCCCCAGCUUGGCUGGGAUGGCACCUGGCAGCUGGCUGGGCCCAGGGUGCUGGGAAUGGGGUCCCCUGGGAUCCAUGCUGGGAACAGCCCUGUUUAGCCUGUUCUGAUGGUCUGGAGGAGGGCACUGAGCUGACCCUCAGCUAACUGGGGUGACAGCCCUUGGGCAGGAAUGGGAGGGCUCUGCUGAGGGCCCUGGCCAGGCUGGCUGGGUGUGCCAUGGACCCUGCACUGCAGCUCCAGGACAGGUCUGGGUGUGGCACUCGGUGCUCCCAGCUGGGUCACAGCACUGGGAACAGGCUGGACCCAAAGACCCACAAGGUAUUUUCCAACCUCAGUAAUUCUGUGAUUUUCUAACAACUGAAUAGCAGCAGAGAGGAGGGGUGCAGCUCUUUGGGUUUUCUAUUCAGGUACAAAAACAGCACAAAGUAUGGAAGGCAUGGGUAAGAGUAGGUAGUGGAGAGAUGUCACAGCAACAAGGCUGGAUUGUUGGAAUUUUGAUGUUAGAAUUUUGAUGUCCACAGUCAGAUCAAUGCUCAUUCUUGAUCCCUUGGGGUGGUACCCACCAAACAAAAGGUUCAGAGGCUUGCAGACAUUCCAUUGACAUGGGAACAGCUGUGUCCCUCCCCAGGGAAAUGAUUCCUCCUGCCAGCCCUGAGGGCCAUGCAGAGCCCUCGGUGGAGCCUCCCUGGCAGCAGGCAGGGCACUCUGAGCCUGGGUGGCCUCAGUGCCCCUCUGGCUGUGCCCACUCGUGCUCCUGUGCUGUGUGGGCACCAUGGAGCUGAGCAGCAGUCUGGCUCCAGGAAGAGGCUGCCCCACCCUCUGCUCCUUCAUUCCCCUUUCCAGGCACAUCCAGAGGCACAGCAAGGCAUUGACUCCUUCCUGCCCCAGGGUUUACACACUUCAUAACACAGCGGGGAUGUUCAUUGUUUUAUUAUUGGAAGCAGCAAAUGAAGUGUAUCUAGUCAAAGUCGCUUUGUUAGGCAGAUCUUGCCAGUUUGAAAUGGUUUUGCUCUAAUCCUGCCCACAUGAAUGCAACUUCAUUGAUUCAGGAAGUUCUUUCUGCUCUACAGGACAUCACAAUAUAGCUUAGUUCUGAAGGGAGCUGUGCACUGGUAGUCCCACUGAAUUCAGUGCAAAAAAAAAAAAAAAAUUAAAAACCCAGAGUUUCUGUGAUUGCAGAAUGGCCCUGAGGGUUUUUUCAGCUAGCUUUUACAGAGAGCUUAUUUUAUUUGUGUUCAUGAGAGCCCCAGCCCUGCUCUGGCUGAGCUGAGGAACAGUGAAAAUACAGGGUGCAUAAGACUGUCUGUUAUUCUUUUCAAAUGGUUCUAAAAACAUCCUAGAAUUAAAUGACUUCUUAACUGGUUUGCA